GGAAUCAGCUGCCAGCUUACUGCACUGUGGAAAACUGCACGAGAUUCCGGGAGUGGAAUCAAAAUGCUAAUUUAAAAGGUCAAGCAAAGCUGCGCCUCACGUUUUGGCGUGCCUGUGCUCUCAGCCAGCCCGGCAGACAAAAGACCCAGCCAGAGAAAGCAGACGCUGACAGCCAUCCCCGUCCUGUGUUCCUGAAAUAAUCUGGGAAUCAUGCCUGAAAUGCCGGAGGACAUGGAGCAGGAGGAGAUAAACACCCCCAGCCGGCGGGUUCUGGUCACUGGUGCCACUGGGCUGCUUGGCAGAGCUGUUUACAAGGAAUUUCAGCAGAAUAAUUGGCAUGCUGUUGGCUGUGGUUUUAGAAGAGCAAGACCAAAGUUUGAGCAGGUCAAUCUGUUAGAUUCUGAAGCCGUUCACCAUAUCAUUCAUGAUUACCAGCCUCACGUGGUAGUUCACUGCGCUGCAGAGAGGAGGCCGGAUGUUGUGGAGAGCCAGCCAGACGCUGCUGCUCAGCUUAACGUGGGUGCUUCUGGGAAUUUGGCAAAAGAAGCAGCUGCAAUCGGAGCUUUCCUCAUCUACAUUAGCUCAGACUAUGUAUUUGAUGGGACAAAUCCACCUUAUUCAGAGGAAGACACACCUGCUCCCCUAAAUUUGUAUGGUAAAACCAAAUUAGAAGGAGAAAAGGCGGUACUGGAAAAUAAUUUAGGAGCUGCAGUUCUGAGAAUUCCUGUCCUCUACGGCGAGGUGGAGAAGCUGGAGGAGAGUGCGGUGACCGUGAUGUUCGACAAGGUGCAGUUCAGCAACAAGUCGGCCAACAUGGACCACUGGCAGCAGCGGUUUCCCACCCACGUCAAGGACGUGGCCAGCGUGUGUCGGCAGCUGGCAGAGAAGCGGAUGCUGGACCCAUCCAUCAAGGGCACUUUCCACUGGUCUGGCAGCGAGCAGAUGACGAAGUACGAGAUGGCCUGUGCAAUUGCCGAUGCCUUCAACCUGCCCAGCAGUCACCUGCGGCCCAUCACUGAUAGCCCCGUCAUAGGUGCCCAGCGUCCAAGAAAUGCUCAGCUCGACUGCUCCAAAUUGGAGACGUUGGGCAUCGGCCAGCGCACACCCUUUCAGAUCGGAAUCAAAGAGUCGCUCUGGCCCUUCCUCAUCGACAAGAGAUGGCGACAGACGGUCUUUCACUAGUUCACGCCUCGCAUCUUUUUAAAAAGGAAAAGUACAGUCCGCGGCACUUUUUCAAGAGAAGAGGAACUAGUUUUGUAUGAUUACUCUUUAAGGGGCGUCUGCUCUUUCAGGUGAAUGAUGCUCUUGCACUAGUGAAAUUGUCUAAAGAAUCCGAGGAGCAUCGGAGCCUUCUCCGUAGCCAUGAUUUUCUAUGUUACGAUUUUCUUUGUUUGGCUUCUCCCUGCAGUUGCCGUAAUGUAAAUUAUGAUUCUAAAACUCCUGAGAGCCAGGAUGAGACAGAUCUGCUGUAGACUCUUAUUUUGGAUGAAACUCAUUGUUAAUUCUUUGUAGAACUUCUGUAUUUUCAGGAUUUUUUUCUUUUCUUUCUUUCUUUUUUUUUUUUUUUGACUUGUUUUAAAACGUGAAGUCAUAUGAAAAUCAUUGGUGUUCAUUAUUUGCUUUGCUUGAGCUCAGAUCAAAAUGUUUGAGGAAAGAAACUUUAUUUUUGCAACCUCAGUACAGUUUUUAUGCUUGAGAUAUGUUAACACGUUACGUCCAUUAGCACUCCUGCGGCUUGGCGCCCGGGUCACAGCCGGGCGUGGUGAACCCUUGAGAGUGUGUAUGCGUGUGUGUGGUUUUGUAAUAUAAAUUCACGACUGCCCUUUUCACUCCACGUUGCUGACAUUUCACAUGCUCGGUUAUACUAAUAAUAAUGAGCCUGUAAGUCUUUUGACCACUCCUGAGUCAUAAUAAAUACGUACUGCUGGCGUGUCAGG